CAAAUAUAUAAAAAAACUGAGAGAAACUAAAACCCAACCCAACAUGACCCCGAUUCAAUGUAUUUGUAUUCAAAUGAUCGUCUAAAAUUUUUGACCUUAUAGGCGCAAAUUCUUCCCGCCAAUUUUUGUUCAGUCAAAAAUCAAAAUCAAUUACUCCCAUCGAAGAGCAGUCGUUUUUUACUCUACCGCCUUUUGUAUUUUUCAGAUCCCGAUCGGCUAUCGGCUAGCGCUCGGUCUCUGCUUGCUAUUGGUGCUUGAUGAAAUGCCCGUGUGGGAUUUUUGCAGAAAGAGUGGGAGCCGGCUGAACUUUUUGGAAAAUGUAUGCUCGAAAAGCGAGCGAGUUGGUGAAAGAAUUCGCUAGUAGUGAACCUGGGCAACUUAGCACUUUCAAUAACGACCUAUUUGGUCAGGUGCUUGAAGAAUGUGACGCACAUUUCCUUCAGCUUCAACCUCUAAUCAAGAAAAUACAAGAACACGAGAAGGAAUUGAGAGAAAAAGGACAACCAGACGAUGAAGUGGGGACUUCUGAAGUAGGGAAUACGAAUUUAGAAGCCGAGAAGAAUGCCAUACAAACGGCCCUUAAAUCCAAUCAGUUUGGGGCACUCGUGCAUCACCUUUCACUGGUCCGCAAUAAGCGCUGUCUCAUGGCUUAUGUAUAUAAUCGAGCAGAGGUCAUCAGGAGUUUGGGGUGGAUGGUUGACCGCGUGCUUCCUGAAGAAAUUGAAGAGAAACUCAGUACCACUGAAAAAGAAUAUUUCAAAAACCAUACCGCCACUUUGCAGUCAUAUAUGUCAGAGAUUGAUCUUCAUCUGACUCUGGUGAAAGCGUUCAGAUGUUUCAGGGGUACCUUCAGUGGGGAUAUGGUUCCUCCUAAAGAUCCCUACAUUAAGGUGAGAGUUUUGGACGAUAUUGGCCAGGUUGUACUUAGUGAUCAAACGGCUAACUUGGCUCGACAUGCUAUUAUGUUCCUCAAACGUACAGAUGCUGAGCAAUACAUUACUCAGGAGGCCGCGACGGCGGCGAUGGGUUUAACUGCGUUUGCAGUGGCAUCAAGAGCUGGAUUCCCAGCUCUUGGAUUGAGGAUUCGGUUAGCUCCCGAGGUAGUGCCGUCGACCCUUUUUCGAGGAAGAACGUUUAGAAGCCUUAGAGUUUCAGCAUCAUCGGCCUCGCCGCCGCCAUCCACUGAGUCGAUUCGCGUGCGCUUCGCGCCUUCUCCCACCGGGAACCUCCACGUCGGUGGUGCUCGCACAGCACUCUACAAUUACUUGUUUGCCAGGUCCAAAGGCGGGAAGUUUGUGCUCCGAAUUGAGGACACCGACCUGGACAGAUCCACUAAGGAAUCAGAGGACGCCUUGCUCCGUGAUCUUUCCUGGCUUGGACUUGAUUGGGAUGAAGGCCCAGGCAUCGGUGGAAACUAUGGUCCCUACCGGCAGUCUGAAAGGAAUGCUCUCUAUAAACAGUAUGCUGAUAAACUCUUGCAAACGGGUCAUGUUUAUCGCUGCUUCUGCUCAAACGAGGAGCUUGAACAGAUGAAAGAGACUGCUAAGCUGAAACAGUUGCCUCCUGUAUACGUUGGCAAGUGGUCUACUGCCACAGAGACAGAAGUUCAAGAGGAGUUGACAAAAGGGACACCUUAUACAUAUCGUUUUAGAGUUCCUAAGACAGGAAGUUUAAAAAUCAAUGAUCUCAUUCGUGGUGAGGUCAGUUGGAAUUAUGAAACACUUGGAGAUUUUGUGAUUAUGAGAAGUAAUGGGCAGCCUGUAUACAAUUUUUGUGUUACUGUUGAUGAUGCUACCAUGGGCAUCUCUCAUGUUAUUAGAGCAGAGGAGCACUUGCCAAAUACCUUGAGGCAAGCUUUGAUAUAUAAGUUCAAGGAGAUGGGUUUUCUUCCUCAAGCAAUGGUGAACUAUCUUGCCUUAUUGGGCUGGGGUGAUGGUACUGAGAAUGAAUUUUUCACCCUUGACGAGCUUGUUGAUAAAUUCACCAUUGAGCGCGUUAAUAAAGGUGGAGCUGUGUUUGACUCUACCAAGUUAAGGUGGAUGAAUGGUCAAUAUUUGAGAUCUCUUCCAACCGAAGAACUAAACAAGCUCAUUGGUGAGCGGUGGAAAAGCGCUGGCUUUGUCACAGAAUCAAGGGGGACAUUUGUAGAAGAUGCUGUUCAGCUGCUAAAGGAUGGGAUUGACUUGAUAACAGAUGCUGACAAACUUCUUUCAAAUCUACUGUCCUAUCCUUUAUACACAACUCUUGCUAGGUACUUUGAAACUCAUGGUCCUGAAAGUAAAACUGUCAUAGAAGAUAAACUGUCUGAAGUUGCUGCAAGUUUGUUAGCUGCUUAUGACAGUGGCGAGUUUGUUAGUGCCCUUGAAGAAGGUAGUGGUGGAUGGCAGAAAUGGGUUAAGAGUUUUGGUAAAUCUAUGAAACGCAAGGGAAAAUCUCUGUUCAUGCCCCUUCGAGUUUUGCUGACAGGAAUGCUUCAUGGUCCUGAAAUGGGAUCAGCUUUGCUUCUUAUCUAUGAAGCUGGAAAAUGUGGAGUAAUAGCUCCUCAAUCUGGUUUAGUCACAUUGGACGAGAGAUUCAAAAUGCUUCGAGAGGUUGAUUGGGAUUCGCUCAAUAAUUCUACUCUGACUGUCACGUCAGAAGCUGACAGCAGCCCCUUACCCUUACCCGUGUCUAAUUGAAUUAUGAUCUCAUUUUUGUAGCUAUUGCCCGUGUAGGAGCAGCUGAUAAUAAAACCUUUAUAUUUAUAGUCUGAAUUUCUGCUGCAUUUUACUAUAUUAAGUAUGUGGAUUGAUGUCUGGAGUUUUUCAGAACAUGUCAGAACAGGUGAAUAUGUACCAAUGUCAGAGAAAUAUUAGCGGGUUUUUGCUUUUAAGAUAUCUUGGGAUAAGCAUUCAAUUGCCAGCCAACCGAAUUAUAUUUUUUUUUUUUUUUUUGU